AUGCCUGCAAAGGAAAGAGAAUCAUCAAGAAAAGAGGUGUUGGUUCUAGCACAGCUGAAACAUCCACAUAUUGUUGCAUACAGGGAGUCAUUUGAAGAGCAUGGAACUCUAUACAUAGUAAUGGACUAUUGUUCUGGAGGUGACCUAUACACAAAAAUAAAUUCACAGAGAGGAGCCUAUUUUCAAGAGGAGCGGGUAUGGACCUGGUUUGUCCAAAUUUGUUUGGCAAUAAAACACAUCCACGACCGGAAGAUCCUUCACCGGGACAUCAAGUCACAGAAUAUUUUUAUAUGUGGUAAUGGCACCGUGCAGAUUGGAGACUUUGGCAUUGCUAAGGUUUUGAAUAGCACGGUGGAGUUAGCUAGAACCUGCAUUGGUACACCUUACUACUUGUCUCCAGAACUUGUAGAGAACAAACCAUACAACAAUAAAAGUGAUAUUUGGUCUUUGGGGUGUGUCCUCUAUGAGUUAACAACUCUCAAGCAUGCUUUUGAAGCAGGAAACAUGAAAAAUUUGGUGCUAAAGAUAAUCAGGGGAUCGUAUCCACCCAUUCCAGCACAGUACAGCUACGAGUUGCGUGGUUUGAUAGCACAACUCUUCAAGAGAUCUCCAAGAGACCGUCCAUCCAUCAACUCCAUACUAAAGAAAAACUUCAUGCUGCCAAGAGUGCGAAAAGUGUUAUCAGAGGAAGAAAUGGAAGCCGAGUUCAGCCACACUGUAAUGCACGGACACAAAAUAGGCCGGGCUCUCCCUCCAGCACCGCGACCGUCCAGUGCAGCAGCGAAGAGACCAGCUCCCCAGGCCAGGCCUUCAUCGGCUCACGGUCGCUACAACCCAGCAGCAGUUUAUGGACAGCCCGUCGUGAAGAAGUCAAAGGAAUUCAGGCCUGAUGUGAAAAAGAGACCAGGAAGUGCUGGUAGAAUUAUACCUGGGCAGCAGGACUGGGAAAAGAAAAAGCAAAAUUUGGUAUUCAAAGAAAGAAAAAGAAGGGAUGAACAACAAAAGAAGGAUCAGCAAGAUUUGUUUGAAAAGCAACACAAAGAAUUUAUUGAAAAACAAAAGAUUGCUCGAAUAAACCAUUCCCGAGAGGAAGGCUGGAAAUGUGUGAUGGACUCUAUGAAUUCUGAUAGUGGCGAUGACAAAGUUUCACCCAGAGAGGGAAACCAGCAAGCACUUGCUGCACCAAGGCAACCAGCUAACCAGAAUAACCAGCAAGCAGGGCCGAGGGAGAAAGGCAAAUAUGACAAGUAUCAUGCCUAUCUAGACAAAAUACAGCAAGAUCGAGGUGCAGCGAGAGUUCCGGACAUACCGCAACCCGUGAACAAGAAACCAGGAGACUACAUGCAGGCACCACCAGAAGCUGCCCGUGUUAAUGAAGUGAAACCAGACAGAGAUUUCAUUAACCGGGCAAUAAACCAACAACCUGCCGCAACACCUGUUGUCUUCAACCAUGUUCAAGAAGCUGAAAGAAACAGAAGGUAUGCAGCUGAAGCUGCAGAAAGGGCGAAGGUAUUGGAAGACUUUAUGCAGAGAAAACGAGAAGCUGCAAUCAAUAAACAGAGAGGGUUGAAUGAUGUGUAUGGAGCUCGACCUGGGUCUGCCCCUUCACAGCGACCACAACAACCAAGACGUGCAGCUGGUAACAGAGCAGUAAAUCAGCCAGCUACUCCAGGCAGAAACCGCGAAGAACAGGAGUAUUUACAAAAACUUAGGCAAAUCCGUGAACAAAAUAUGAAGGAGAGACGUAUGUUACAGAACAAGAUGAAGCCUCAACACAAUUCCAAGAAAGAAGCUGAAGAAAGGAGAAAAAAAAUCCAAGCCCUUAGGCAACAGGCUGAUGAAUGGGCUCAGAAAAAGAAAGAUCAGCUGGAAAAAGAGAAGAAGGAGAUAAUUGACAGAAUGAAAGCGAGAGAACAAUAUAUGAAACAGAGGGAAGCAGAAGCCAAGCAACAGAAGCAGGCACAAUCAAGACCAGAGACACCUCGACAGGUUGUCAUGAAGCCUGCACCCGCUGUGCCCAUCACAGGAGCAUUACACGCCAUCGGAGCCGGAGGAGGAAAAGAAGAAAAAAGUCCAUUGCAACAAAAGAAGAAUGAAAUUCUGAAAAAGUUAAAUGAAAAACCCCCCGGUGCUAGAGGCAAGUGGGGGUCUCCAGCAAGUCCCUUGGCACUGACUGAUGAAGAUGAGGACGAAACACCAGUGUCUGCCAGACCCAAGUGGGGUGAAGCUGGAGGUCAGAACCUGGCUGAACUACCCUUGGAAGCAACUGCUUCACAGAUGGAAGUAACCAGUGCAAGAGACCAGGUUAUUAAAGGGGGAGCGACUCCACGGAACCAGUGGGGGAAACCUGGUGGAACAGUUCUCAAUGUUCUUGAAGGUCUGCCUAUCUGUGAGGAAACUGUCAACAUGGAUACCAAUGUUUCAGGUGGAUCUAAUGAAGAUAAAAAAUCCCCAACCCCUAUUCCUGCUGGUUCUGUUCCAGGGGUAGGGGAGACGAUCACUAUCUCCAAAACACCUGUCAGUAAGGGAACCAUUGUAAUUAAAGGGGCAGACCAGACUGAAGAUGUAUCAAAAACAGAAGACAAGUCAAAAACAGAUGACAAGUCAAAAACAGAUGAUACAAAGAUGGAAGUUGCCACCAUGGAUGUAUCUUCAAAUGCAGCACUUCCUGUAGAUUCACAGAUACUGAAAGGAACAUUUGUGAUUAGUGAAGCAAAACAAUUUAUAGCUAAUCAUAAACCUGAAAUGAUAGCAGAAUGUUGUGAAGAUACGUUCUUUACUGAAUCUGAAGACAUUAAUGAGUCUGAUGUAUCGGAACUAAAUCAGAUCCAUUUAGAAGAAAUGAAUGAAGAUAGCAAAGAUCCAGAAAAGCCAGAAUUACAUCAGAAUAUGACAGAUGUGAAUCAACUAACUGAGAAACCAGACAAAACACAGAAGGACCAAGCCAUGGAUGAAAGUAAUGACGUUCAGACAGAGUCUGCAUAUGUAGUGCCUUUGAAGUAUUUGAUGGCGGACCAAGAACAAACUAUGCAAACAAACAUCACAGACGAGAGUUCGCCGGAAAAAGAUGUGCAGAUUGUAACUGUUCAGGCCAAGAAACCUGCCAUUCUGUUUCCGAAACCAGUCUUACUUCCUAAGCCUGACUUACCAGAGGAGUAUUUUGUGAGGGGUCCAGAAAUUGUGAGAAGUGAGGGAGCUGGCAGCUUGUUUGAUAAAGUUCAACUUGAGGAGGACGAAGAUGAAGAUAUGAAAUCUGAAAAAGAAACAAACGUUGAACAGUUAAACAAAAGUGUUGAAGUAGAAAAGUUUGUUUGUCAAGCUAUUACUACAGGAAAGUUUGAUCUGAAAGAUAUUCAGUUGAUGAGAACAGCCUCUGAACCAGAUCUGUCCAGGAUGAAUGAAUCUGAAAUUAAGAAGCCUUUUGCAAAUCUACUGUCCAGGCACAUAAGUUUGGAUGAGAUGAACGAUGAAGCAGUUGAAACGUCUAACCAAGAUGAUGAACUGUCAUUGUCACCAAGGUCAAACCCAUCUCCAAGGUCAGUUUCAUCUACAAAGUUGGACACACAACCAGAGCCCAAUGAUUCACCAAGGUCAAAUACAUCACCUAAUUCUGGGGUCUCCCCAAGAUCCGAUACAUCUUCGAAGUCAACUGAAUUGUCAAAAUCAGUUGAAUUGUCAAAAUCAACUGAAUUGUCAAAAUCACCUGAAUUGUCAAAAUCAGCUGCAUUGUCAAAACAGAAAGAGAAGGAAGGCAUAUCUAGCAAUGAUAGCAAUCACAACAACUCAGAACAGAAUUAUACAUCAGGAAAGUCGGAGGAUAAGAUGGAGGAGAAUCGUGAUGAUGACGUGGAGAAUGAUGAAGAAGAAGAAGAUGAUGAUGAUGACCUGAUAAAUGUUCGAGCAACAAUGCAGAGUUUGUUAAUAGAUGAUGAUGAUGGUGGUGAUGACAGUGCUUCAGACGAGGCCAACAUGGAUGUUGCUGCCAGUACUGAAGACAAGUGUAGGACUGAUGAGGCUUCACAGGGUGAGGAGAAACAGGAGAUGUUGGAACACGGUGAGGGUGUGGGGAAUGAUGAGCAGAAAGGAGAUGACGAAAGUGAGUCAAGGAAGGAUUCCGUGUCCGAGUCUGUGGAAAGUGAAGAACCUUUUGCUGAUGGAGAUGACUUGUUUGAUGACAGUGAUGCCGAAACUCAGUUUGGAGAUGAUGAUGAUGAAGAUUAUGAUCUCUUUAGUCGACUUGAGCAGACGCGGAUGGAGCUUGAAGAAGCUCUAGGAUUUGAAAAAUUCAUUGAAGUCUACAAAGCAGUUGAGGCACUGCAGGAAGACGAAGACGAGAAUGUUCAGGAGGGAGCCCGCAUUGUCAUUGAGAUGCUCGGGAAGGAAAAGGAGCAUCUGUACCCGAAAAUCUUUCAGUUGGUUAUAGCGGACACUGCUUUUACUGAUGACAAUGCAUGAACAAGAAUACCUGCUGCUGAGCUUUGGUGAUAUGACUGUAUUAUAACAUUUGAAAAUC